GUCAUCACCACCGCACGCGCGCUCCAAUCGCAAGGGCUAUUCAGCCGCCGCACACAAACAGUCACGGACCGACGGGUUUAAAUAACUGAGGAUUUAAAUUAAAUACCGAGUGUGAGAGACGUUGAGCCUUGGGUGAGGGAGGGAAAGAGACUGAUUUGUAUCUUCCCCAGAUCGGGAGGGGGAGGAGGCACGGAGAAUGAGCUAUUAUUGUACCAGCACAGAGGCUGUGUGUAAUAGCCAGGACGCACCUAACGCCAGUGCGAGGAAAGCAGCUACUAAUAAUACGAACCGAGGCAGCGAAGGUCUCGAGAGCAGCAGCAGCACUAGUUCCCGGCAGUCGCAACCCCAACCGCUCGUGGCCAUGAAAGUGAAGAAAGGCUGCAACUCGACAGAUGCUGGGGUCCCGGUUACAAGUGAAGACGAGUUGCUAAGAAACCCCGUAAUAUCGCCUGAGGAUGUACUUGGGUUACAAAAGAUCACCGAAAACUACCUAUGUUCCCCAGAGGAGAACGUUCACAUGAUCGACUUCACACGGUUCAAGAUCCGAGACAUGGAGACAGGGACGGUGCUGUUUGAGAUCACUAAACCCCCUGUACCUGCAGGCGAAAAGAAGGAUUUUGACCCCAACGGAGGCCGCUUCGUCCGUUACCAGUUCACCCCUGCCUUCCUGCAGCUGCGCCAGGUCGGCGCCACUGUGGAGUUCACAGUGGGAGACAUGCCCAUCAACAACUUCAGGAUGAUUGAGAGGCACUACUUCAGAGAGCAGCUCCUCAAAAGCUUUGAUUUUGAGUUUGGUUUCUGUAUGCCCAGCAGCAAGAACACCUGCGAACACAUCUACGAGUUCCCCCCUCUGUCAGAGGACAUCAUGCGCGAGAUGAUCCUGCACCCAUACAAAACGCAGUCCGACAGCUUCUACUUUGUGGACAACAAGCUGGUGAUGCACAACAAGGCAGACUACUCCUACAGUGGGAGUCCGUAGGAGCACAGGACUUCCCUAGACACCUAGACCUACUCCAACUCUAACCCACCCCACCAUAGGACCAUAGGACCAUGGACAGACAGACAGACAGACAGACAGACAGACAGACAGACAGACAGACAGACAGACAGACAGACAGACAGACAGACAGACAGACAGACAGACAGACAGACAGACAGACAGACAGACAGACAGACAGACAGACAGACAGACAGACAGACAGACAGACAGACAGACAGACAGACAGACAGACAGACAGACAGACAGACAGGCAGGCAGGCAGGCAGGCGACGAACGGAGAGACGUAUGGAUGGACUGACAGGUCACAAGUAGCAAGACUGAUGGACAGCCUCGCACUCUCAGCAGCUUUAUUUUCUCCAAUCAGAAUUCCUCCGUUGCUUGUUAUCCCCUCAAUUGCAAUCCCCUACUUCAGUCUCUUUCAAUGACCUCUCAACUUUCUGUGUCUGAUAGAGAGUGUUAUAGAUGUCUACACAGUCUAGCAUACAUAAACAUCUGAUGUGGCCUGAUCUAGACAAAAUAAAAGCACAACCAGUAGAGUAUAUAAGGGCCUGUAACAAUGAGUCAGAUUGAAUGUCUAGUCAGUGAGUUCUCAGUCAGUCAGCUAAAGAGAAAAAUAGAAAGGGAGAGAGAGAUAAGAAGGGACAAAAAAUGAAGAGAGCGAGAAAGAGAGAUAGAGUGUCUGCUUUUCUGCACUUCAUCUCAUUGACAUUUACAGUACCAGUCAAAAGUUUGGACACACCUACUCAUUCAAGGGUUUUACGUGACUAUUUUCUACAUUGUAGAAUAAUAGUGAAGACAUCAAAACUAUGAAAUAACACAUAUGGAAU